GGAAGACAGUCCUGACUGCCGAGGAAGCAGGAAGCGCCGCCGCGCUCUCGCUCGCAGCCCAGCUGCUGGGACGGGGCAGCAGGAUGGAGUCCGUGGCCCUGUACAGUUUCCAGGCCACGGAGAGCGAUGAACUGGCCUUCAACAAGGGGGACACGCUCAAGAUCCUGAACAUGGAGGACGACCAGAACUGGUACAAGGCUGAGCUCCGGGGCGCUGAGGGGUUCAUUCCCAAGAACUACAUCCGAGUCAAGCCCCACCCGUGGUACUCGGGCAGGAUUUCCCGGCAGCUGGCAGAAGAGAUUCUGAUGAAGCGGAACUACCUGGGAGCCUUCCUGAUCCGGGAGAGCGAGAGCUCGCCAGGGGAGUUCUCCAUCUCUGUGAACUACGGCGACCAGGUGCAGCACUUCAAGGUGCUGCGUGAGGCCUCGGGCAAGUACUUCCUGUGGGAGGAGAAGUUCAACUCCCUCAACGAGCUGGUCGACUUCUACCGCACCACCACCAUCGCCAAGAAGCGCCAGGUCUUCCUGCGGGAUGAGGAGCCCCCACUCCAGCCGCCGCGGGCCGGCUUCGCCCAGGCCCAGUUUGACUUCUCGGCCCAGGACCCCUCCCAGCUCAGCUUCCGCCGCGGUGACAUCAUCGAGGUCCUGGAGCACCUGGACCCGCACUGGUGGCGAGGCCGGUUCUGCGGGCAGGUGGGUUUCUUCCCCCGGAGCUACGUCCAGCCGGUGCACCUCUGACCGGAGCGGGGCAGGGGGCCGAGCCAGCAGACCACCUGUCCGCAGGACGCUGAAGUCCAGAGAGAGACCAUGGACACCCCUCCGGGCCCCCUGGGCUCGGCCCAGGCCUGGUAGGGACACGGCCUCUGACGGCCCAGCCCAGCCCUCUGCUCCACAUGAACCGGGGCUGCCCCGUGCCCACAGCCAACACCAAGUGCAGUUCCCGCCGGGCAAGGGGCGCUCCCGGGGCUCCCGCAGCCUCUUCCCACUGGUCACCAGCAUUGGGACGCCCUAGGGUGGGCUGACAGAGGCUCAGCACACUCCACCGUCAGUGGCCCCACCCACCGGACCCGCCCGCCCCUCCCUCAAAAGGACCCUUAGGUGUCUGGCUAUUGGGGAGGUGGUUUCGAGGGAAGGGAAGGCGAGGGCGCUGCCCACCUGAUGGCCUGGGCUCCCUGGACAGAUCCAGGUGGAGAUCAGCUUCUCCAGCGCCCACCUGGGCCCCUGACACUGGGCGGUCGGGCCCUGAGGGCACCAUGGAGAAGGCAAGGGGCAGCUGCUCCUCAAAAUGGACAAGGCCUGUGGGGUGAGCCCUGGACGCAGCCACCGAGGAGGCUCGGUUCAGGCCCAGGCUCUGCCCAGGCCCCGGGAGCCGGGAGGACCUGGGCCAGGGGAGCUGGGCCUGGGCUGGACUCUGAAGCCCAGCAGCCUGGGGGGCCGUCUGGGGGGGCCCAGUUGGAGAACGGAACGCACACCCAGCAGGGAGUCUGGGCACCUUUGGGAGCAGGAAGAGAGGGGAACUCGGAAGCAGCUGGAAUGCCAGGCUGGGUGGGGGGCAGUGAGAAGGGGGGCCCUAUGGCACUGGGAGCAGAUGGGACAGUGGGGGGCUCUUCCUCCGCCCAGGGGGGCCUGGGGCCCUCCGGUCCCUGAGCUCUGGCGACUGCGCUGCUCCUGCCCUGGACCCACGUAUGCAAAAUAAAGACAGUAACAAUGUAGGAAUGUCCUC